AUGGAGGACAGCGAGAAGAGCAAGAACCCAUUGCACCAUGCAGCCGAAGGCGGAGCCAUUGGAGCUGCGAAGAAUGCAGCUCAAUAUGCGAUUCAAAUUGGAGGAAGAAAGUCGAAUAUCGUGAGUGUCUUCGAUAAAACCGUCAAAUCGACCAGAGGAAAUCCGAAAUGGUUCGCGCGCGUCGAUAUGCCACAUGGAAAAGUUCAAUAUCCUCAUAUCAAUGUGAACAAGGCGAUUACCGGUGUACCAGAUCCACAUAUUCCAAUUUCUGGAACCACCGCCCAUAUUGCUGGUGGAGCAGGUGCUGUUUUGGAUGUUGUGAACAAAGUGGCGCCUGUUUUAAUGGUCGCAUCGAUUGCUCAUGAUGCGUAUCAAAUUGGAAAAUGUGUUGCCACUGACAUCGAGAAUCAUUCAAGUAGAAACACAAUUCAGAAGACAGUAACGACGGUGGCAGCGACAGGUGUUGGUUUCGCAGGAUGUGGUGUAGGCGCUGCGAUUGGAACAGCAAUCUUCCCAGGAAUCGGAACAUUGUUUGGAGGUCUCAUUGGAGGAAUCGUUGGUGGUCUCGGCGGUGGAAUCGGAAGUGAGAUUGCCUCAGAAGUCGUUUUGGAAACCGUCAACUACGAUAUCGACGAUUGUUACUGUGAGAAGUGUGGGAAAUGGUUCCAACAUAGAAGAUAUCAAGAGGGCCCAUCGCAGAAAUAUUGUCAUGACUGUCGUUGA